CUCUCGUUCUCCACCACCACCACAGCGCCGUCCGCCCCGCCGCGCGCAGCCAUCCUCCCCCCCUCGUCCAGCGGGAUGCCGACGCUGCGCUGGCGACGAAAGACGUCGACGCCGCUUUUCCCCGGCGCGUGGCCCAAUUCCUCCGCCUCGGAUCAGGGCGACGAUCAGCGCCUGCCCGUGUACAGCGAUGACGCCCCGCCGCAGCUGCCUGAGCUUCGGCACCUGAGCCCCCACAAGCCCUGCGGCGAGGGCGAACAAGACCCAGCGGCGCUCGCUGAAGAGGGAUGGGGUUUCCCUAUCGUCUUGGAGAAGCAUGGGUUUGAGGACGACGGGCGCACUGUUGGGGCGCGGGACCGCGUGCGGCAGGCGUCGCAGCCUGUGACGAUGUCGAGUCCCGCCUCGACAAGCGCGCCGCUCAGUGCGUCGUUGUCCCAGGCCUCGACGUUCAGUGACCCGACGGAAUCCGAGGGUGUUCUCACCCCGCAGUCGAUCCAAGGUCCGCCCUGGCUUUCUCCGCAUACAGAAGCAUCUUACACCCCAAACACGAAAGACAAUGUCCUCUCUUCAUCCAGCUCUUUCUACCAUUCUUUCGACGACCAGACACAGCACGAUCAGGACUCGUUCGCGCAUGACACCACCAUAAGCACCAUAAACGCUAAUACCACUAUAUCCAGCCAUAAUACCGCCGAUUUUCGCCCGCAUCGCGGCGGGACGCGCGCGGCGUACCGCGAUGCGCCGCUAUUGGAUUUUGCAGAGCCUCUUCCACUCACGCGCAUCAGCCUGGACUGGGAAGCAGUCACUGCAUCUUCGAAGGCGAGCGAUGCGUCUCUGCAGAGUCCACGUUUACCGCACUCGCCUAUCCAGUUCUCCGCUCCGUCUACAGUCGGCUCGCCUGUACUUGGUGGGGCUGCACCGAUUCUAUUCAACUCAGAAGCCAUGGCGACCACGUUCUUCCCCGUGUCCACGAGCAGCGGCCACGAAUCUUCCUCCGACGCUCACGAGGACGCUCGACAUGGCGCGUCCCCACCAGAAUCCUCUCCGCCCGCAUAUAGCCUUGGCACAGACUCUCCAGUACUCCCCGCUGAUGUGGGUUGCAUCCAGAACCCCCAGCCACCGAUCAAUUCGCCGUACACGCUCAUGGCGGCGGACCUGGACGCGUUCGCGGAUGCAGCGACGAGCUCAUCGCUGUCGCUGCCCACGUCGUUGCACUCCGCCCUGUCAGUGGCACUAUUGGCGGAAGCAGGGAUCUCGGAGCGGAGCCCACUGUCGCCGCCACAUUUGCGCGCACAUAGCGAAGAGUCGGGUGUGCGUAGCCCAUCGCUUGUGCUCGCUGCUUGUGGGAGCACCACAGAGUUCCCGACUACUCCUGGGGCGGCCGGUGAUUGCGUUGAGGACGAUGACGCAGGCGACGCUGCUGUCGAGGAAGCUAUCCGGAUGCGUACCCGACGGAUGAGCGCGCCGCUUUUGCGCUCGCCGCAUACGCCUGUUCAUCGCAGUGCGCCGCGUGAGCGCAGGCAAACGCUCAGCAGUCGGGUCGAGGUUCAGCGUGACGAGGCUCGCGACAGUGCAGCUGGUGCUCACCGGCCAGCGAAGCUGCCCGUGUUGGGGAAGAUGCGGAAGCUUGGUGGGAAAUUUUUGAGCCUCUUCGGUGGUAAAGGCGCGAGGACGUCUGACCCGGGGCUGGGUGUCGAAGGACCAACAGAAUUCGCUGUGAAGAGGACACGGAGGACGGCGGUGACAAAGAUCGAGUUCGAAUCGGAACACCCGAUCCCUCUACCAGAGACUCCUGCGCGGGAUGCACGCGCGUCUCGCCGGUCUCUGCCACUUCGAAUGUCUAAGUCGCCCUCGAGCUCGCCUCAGCUUCCACAGCGUGACUCGUUCCUACCCAUUGAAGACCCAGAGUUCGCAUCGAAGGGCAUCCUGUCCAUUCCCUUGCAGCACAUGCGCGGCAGCCCCUCUAUCCAGUUCAAGAAAGGUCAUGGAGCCUCCGACAGCGGCCAUGGUUCGCAGAACCGCGUUACCCGGGCGCGAACAUUGACCGCCCCUGCGAAGCCUCAGUGGAGCAAGGCGAUCAAUCCGAAGGCUCCGGCAGCGGCGGCAAAGCAGACGCGGAGGUUCUCUCUGUCCUCCGCUCUGUCGAGGUCACGGUUGGACACGCUGAAGACCACAGUUGUCCCGCACCCUCCCGUACCCGACUUCCCCAAGUCGCCGACGUGCGACCAGCACCCGCGCCGCGACGAGCCCGUGCGGCCUAUCGGCAUGAUCCCGCCUACGGGACUGGACGCGAAGUCGAGCCAGUCGUCGCUGAAGGGCGGCGUGGCAAGCUCGAAGAAGGGAAAGGAGAGAGUCAGGCCGGUCAGCAUGGUUGUGGGCAGCGGCGCUGCGAGGCGCGCGUUCUUGGACCAUCCCGGUCCCCAGAUACGCGUGCAGGCACCGACGCCACUGAUCGGCGUGGCGAACACGUCGAAGGAGGAUGUGCGUGCGCGGCACACGAGUAUGCUGGUGGGCAAGGAGAAGGAUGCGAGGCGCGAUAUGAUCGAGGUUGCGGGGUCGAAGUUCAAGAUGCACCGGCCGACGAGGAAUGCAGACCAAAAUCAAGACGCUGGGGAGGCAACGACUUCAGCUGGCGACGCGGUACAAUAUUGCGUUACGGCCCCUGAGCAAGUCAUCGAGGAAGCAUCCACAGAAGAGUUGGGCGUAUCUGCAGCUGUCGUAGAAGCAUACAACAAACUCGUGACGCGCGAACGACUGCCCAUCGAACGUCCUGGUCCCGAUGAAGUAGAACCUGAGGCACACCCUCGCCCGAGCACGGAUGCGCAAGCACCUAGGCGGCGGUUCUCGCUCUCGUCUGCCAUCUCGUGGCAGCGUGCCAUUCGUGCCCGGAGCAUGAUCGUCUCUGUCGGGCGGCGAAGCGGCGAGAGCGAUCGUCACGGGGCGGACAGCAGCGGUAGCACGGACGUCACCGCCACACCACCCGCGUCAGCUCCUGGUACAUCGAGCUCACGCCCAACCCAUCGCCGUGGAAGGGGGAGCACGUUCAGCACGAUCAUCGACGCCGGCGUACGCUUCGACAUACUGACGCCUGGGUUCGGGUUCGUUAUGCCGACUUCUACUCCGUCUCCGCGUGCUGUCCCUAGCUCGCCGACUGCUUCGAGACGGUCGAAUGACGCGGACUUUAGGCGCGACCGUGAUGAUGCGCCGGUGCUCGGGGCACUCGACUUCGAAGCCGCGGAGGACGCCAUUGGGAUGGAAGAAUACCCAUCGCCGGACUCGGACCUCGAUAGCAUGAGCUUCGCAGGGACGACGACGCUCAUGGAGAGCAUAACGAGCAGUAUCAGCAUGGAUUCGUCUUAUGCUGAUUCGUUUGCGGAUGCGCGGUCGGAGCUCGCCGACUGUAGCGUCGCUCUGGACGAGCCCGAAGACACGUUGGCCCACGGGGCUGUGACGAGACUGGGUGAACCCUUCGAGGGUGGAGAGCGUGUGGUCAAACGGGUUGAGCUGAUUAGCACGGCGGUAGGAUCGUCGGGAAGUUCGGGCGGUGGGACGCCCACGACGGAAACGGUGGAGAGGGAAGAAGAGAGGGGGUUCUUGCGUGCGCUGGGGCUCGAGCUGCCUGUGAACAAGAGUCACAGUGUGCAUGGUAGUGGGUAGGUAUCGGUCAAAGGUUGAACGUUGGAUGGCUCACUAUGUGCGCUUUCAGUUACAUCGAUUGGUGGUUUAGUAGUUCGGUUCGCACCUAGGGAUUGGACAGAACGUGCAAGUUUCAUUGUUGUCAUGAUAUCCGCCACAAAGUUCUUACUGCAUUGCAUCACGCGAAACUGUAUUCCAGAUAAUUAGACAGAGUUAUCAACAUGCGCUGCGGUCCAAGUUGGCUCUACAUACUGGAGAAUGUAUCAGGAGGUAGCCGGCUAGAGCGAGCGCGCACUCUCGACAGAUCUGAAGCCCGCUUGCACCCAUGAACGUACACGGUGCGUACGCCAUCUUUUGCUAUGGAUGGUUCCA